AAAACCUAGAUUAUCUCGACAAUUCUCUUCUCCGAUAUUCAACUCUCACUCUCUUAUCCGACAUUCAUCUCUCACUCCACUCCGGUGACCUGCUUCUCUAUCCGGAGAGUCACUCCGGCGAUCUGAUCCUCUCCCCCGGCGAGCCGCUCCGGCAGUUUCUCACACAGAUAGUUGCUAACACUUCUUAAGAGAAACAGUGACAUCCAUCAGUGGUACUGAUUGAGAAAACAAGUUAAGUGUUCCUGAGGAGUAAAAGAGAGGAAAAAAGAGAAUGAGAAUAGUCGGGUUAACAGGAGGCAUAUCGUCUGGGAAGAGUACAGUCUCCAACCUCUUCAAGGCUAGUGGCAUUCCCGUUGUUGACGCUGAUGUCGUUGCUCGAAAUGUAUUAAAGAAAGGAAGUGGUGGGUGGAAAAGAGUAGUUGCAGCCUUUGGGGAGGAGAUUCUGCUUCCUAGUAGAGAAGUAGACCGGCCAAAACUUGGUCAGAUGGUGUUCUCAUCCGAUUCCAAACGCCAACUUCUAAACAAGCUUAUGGCUCCGUACGUAUCAAGUGGUAUCUUUUGGGAAAUUUUGAAACAAUGGGCAAAGGGAGCUCAAGUGAUAGUUGUUGAUAUCCCGUUGUUGUUCGAAGCAAAGAUGGAUAAAUUGACAAAACCCAUUGUAGUUGUGUGGGUCAGUGAAGAAACACAACUCGAGAGACUGAUGGAGAGAGAUGGACUUAGUGAGGAAGAUGCAAGAAACAGAGUGAUGGCUCAGAUGUCGUUGGAUUCGAAAAGAAGCAGAGCUGAUGUUGUGAUCGAUAAUAAUGGCGGUCUCGACGAACUCAACCAACAGUUCAAUUUGGUUUUGUCUGAAAUCAAAAGACCGUUGACAUGGACUGAGUUUUGGCGUUCAAGGCAAGGAGCCUUCUCGGUCUUUGGUCUGCUUACUUCAGGGUUCUUUGUUUGCAAACAGCUCAGUAUUGGAUCUUAGCAACUAAUCAGAAUAUUGAUUGGGUUGGCCACACAUGGAGUUGAAGAUUGAUAACUUAUUAUAGAGGUUCUGUUUCAAAACAAAACUUCCUUGUGACUUAAUUUAAAUAACGAUUAAACUUUUGUCUCCAACAAUAAUUGAUUUUCCAAUUGUUAUGUUAUUACGUGACGAUAA